AUGGAUGAAGAUUCGACUUUCAUUCGUAUGUUGGCUAUUGUACCAGCUCAUAGAUCGCCCCAGGAGAAUGCCUUCAUAUUUGGUUAUCUUCGUACAAUUGAAGGGUUGAAUCUUUCUGGCCCAUCAUCAGCAUAUCGAGAUGAUGAAUUACGCGCAAUCAGUCGUUACGCACGUUAUCGUCGUGUUCCAGGCGAUAUGUUGUUGUAUCACACUGGUGAAUGGUGUGAUUCUUGGUUUAUUUUGAUAAGCGGAUCAGUAUUAAUUGAAAGUUCCAUGUUCUUGCCUCGAUCAUAUUUUGGAACCCGUACAAAUGGAAAUUUUUAUCGCCGUAAUGACUGUCUCGUCCUCGAACCAUCUGAUCUUGUUGUGAUCGAUUAUUUGGACAAUCAUAGUUUACCCAUAUCAUUUACUAAUACGCAUCAUCUGGCAGUGGCUCCGUCCAAGCAUAGGCGUUCUUUAGAUCGUGCACUGGUCUCAUUCAAUGAUAAUGAUGCUUCAUGUGAAAUUUUAUCAAAUGAUCGUUAUUCGGAAUCGUCUCAUAGUAUCAGCUCGUCAUUAAAAAUCCCAUCUUUGCUUAAUUCUGACCAAAGCAAGCUCCAAAGACGACCUACCAGGAGUACACAGGCUGAUGCUAUUAAUUCAUUGAAAUCAUUAUAUUUAAGUGACACAUCAUCUACACAUUCUUUUAGUUCUGAAGGCGUUCAAAAUAAUUCAAGUCAUGGACGUUCAACUCUUUCGUGCGUUUUAAAAUCUCCAGAAAAACGCAACACAAAGAUAGGUUAUAACUAUCCUAAAUGGCAUAAGACUGGGUCAGACAAUAGCCAUUGUAUGGAUUCUGAAGGUGAUGAUUAUGAUGAUGAUGAUGAUGAUGAUGAUGAUGAUGAUGAUGAUGAUGAUGAUGAUGAGGAGGAGGAGGAGGAGGAGGAGGAGGAUGAAGAUGAAGAGCUUGGGUCAAGUAGUCAUGAGUCUAUUCGCGAUGCAUUUUGGGAAUCUAUUCUUAAACUCCCAUCAGAUCGUACACAAGAAGAUGUCGAUUUAUUGUUGGGAAAUGUUGAACAAUUGCCUGCUUUCUCUAAUCUAACUAAGGCUACAUGUCGUUCCCUGUGCUCAGUCAUGGUGCUAGCUAUUGUUCGUGAAGCUGGUCAAAUCGUAUUGCAUGAUAAUGAAGUAUUGGACACUUGGUCUGUUGUGCUGAAUGGGACUGUCGAGGUUAUUGGACCAGACCAUACAAUUCGGGAAUUAACUCGUGGUGAUGCAUUCGGUGUUCGUCUUGGUAAAACAGAUUGUAUUCAUCAUGGUGUAAUGCGUACAGUCACUGAAGACUGUCACUUUUUAUGUGUACCACAAACCGAUUAUGUAAAUAUUAUGAGUCGUGAAGGAGAAGCUGAAAUACCAGAGAUGGGUGAAGGUGGACGUGUUGUCCUUGUCUAUGAAUCAAUAAAUUUAGACACAACUCUUAACAUCGAUUCGAAUAAAUCAUCCAAUGACAAUAGUUCUGUGUUGUUGAAAAAAUGUCGACUGGUCACAAAGGGCACACCGGAGAAACUAAUUGAACAUUUGAUUGCUGAUCUGUCCAAUGGGGAUAUAUCGUAUCCAGAAGAUUUUCUACUUACAUAUCGUACAUUUUUAGAUUCACCCCGACCAAUAGUUGAUCGUUUAUUAUCAUGGCAUUUGCAUAAUCCAAAGUUACGUACACGUGUUAAUCGUAUAAUUUUAUUAUGGGUUCAUAAUCAUUUUAAUGAUUUUGAGGAUAAUCAUGAUAUGAUGAAGUGCAUUGAAAAAUUUGAUAAUAUGUUAUCAUCCGACGGCACGGCUGGUGAGCGUCGUCUAUUUCGUUUAGCCUGCAGCACCAAAGCUCGUCCACGUCAAGUCGAACUUAUAAUUCCGUUAAAAAAUUCAUGUCAUCCAAAUCCAGAUAAUAAAUCGUUCGGAGUUGAUGAUGGUACUGGGUUUUUGUCAUCAAAUGGACAACACUUGGACAAUAAUUGUAAUACAAUAAAUUCUCUCAUUGAUCUACCAUUCACAAUGAUUGGUGGCGAGGAUGGUUUUGGAGUGUUUAUACAUCAAGUAUACAGUUUAGUCUCAAACAAUAAUUCUAAAGCAAGCUGUGAUGAGCACACAAACCAAAAAUAUCCCACUAAUCCAUCUUCAUUAUUGUUAUCAUCACCAUGCGACUCAAGCUAUCCACCAUCAUCAACAACAUGUGUACUUCCUAAUUUUUCAUUUGUACAUAAUCAAAUACGUCGGGCUGACCAAUUAUUAUCAGUGAAUGGUCGUUCAGUAGAACAUUUAAAACCAUCUGAUGUCAUACAAUUAAUUAAUUCAAUGAUAAGCGCAUGUUGUCCAGUGGAUAUUAAGACUAGAUCAAAUACCAAACUAGUAUCUGGUACCAGUGGAUCAUUGUCUCCUUCGACUACACAUUAUUCAACUGGUAUAGACAAUGAUACUAUGCUAGAUCAUUCCAAAUCAUCUACAUUAUCGUCAGUCAUCAGUGUUACUUUCAACCUCCGUUUGUUAGUUAUUUUUAAUCCAGUUCAGUAUUAUCAAGCUAUUAACUCUUUAAAUACGACACAUACUGCUCAAACUUCGAUGAGGCCGAUCAGUGAAACAAUAAAUGCUUAUCAAAUUGUUGACGAUGUAAAAAACCACGUGAACAAAUCUACACCAUCAUCAAACAUCACAUUGAAUAAUCACAAUGGUAAUAAUGAAAUUUGUCGACUAAAAAUGCAUAGUUUACCAACUAGUAUAAGCAUACCUGAUGAUCUUCUUAAGAAGUCAAAUUACCCUCAACAACAACAGUCUUCUUCAACUGUAACACUACCGAAAAUGCCAACACCAUGCUCCUUUUCUACGGUCAGUACUCUCUCUACUUAUCCGGGUAACAAUUCAAUUGGAAGACGUGGUCGAAACUUUCAACCUUCACAUGUUACAUCGGGUCGUUCUUCUCACAGUGCAGAUACAUCACCGACUCGAUUAUCACAUCCUCAUGAAGAUAGUCAAGUGUUUUAUAAGACAUCAAUAACUGACAGUAGUAAACAGUCAUCCAUUUCCCAGUCACGUUGGUCACAUUCACUUAAAGAUCCUACCACCAUCGAUAAUCGAAGUAAUAAUAGCAAUGAUUUAUGUCGACCGUACGAACAACAUCCAUCCAAUAACACAUUCAGCAGUAGUGCAAAAACAGCCAAUCAUAAUUACUUCCCACCAACACCACCACUGCAAAGAUCGUCAUCACAGCCGGAUUUAAUAAUGCUGGACAAAUCAUUAAUAUCUGGUAGUAAUGUUGCUGCUACAGUCAGUGACUAUAUUACCGUUCUUCACCAAAAUCAACAUAAUUUAACUGAUAGUGUCAAAUAUUCAGGCUUAAAUUCUGGUAGUAAUAAUAUUACUCAUACGGACCAUUUGUCAGUGAUACGUGUAUGGCGAUCAAGUGAUAAUGGAAAAAAUCAUUCUAGUAAGCUGAUUAUAUUACCAAGUAGACACACUAAUGCAUACGAAGCGACACGUUUAUGCAUGGAGGAAUUCAGUAUACCGGUAGAAGAUCAACAUUCUUAUCGCUUAUACCAUGUGACUGUUGAAUCUGGGCCAAUUGUGAAACAAAGUCGCUUGUCUAAUGUACUGGAUGAUUUAUCUGGACGUUUAACUUUGAAUUCAAGAUAUUACUUAAAAAGUUUGCAUAAUCAUGAUCCCCUUAUUGCAGAUGAUGUUGCAAAAUCAAUUCUAGCUGAAAGUCGUGUUACGUUUACACAGCUUCCACCAAAUGAAUUAGCUGCUCGGUUAACUAUUGAUGAUUAUGAAAUAUUUCGAUCUGUUCAAUCCACUGAAUAUAUUGAUGAGAUAUUUGGACUCAGUAAUGCACAUGUUAAUAAUAUCUCUUCAUGUGUGGUUGGCAAUAAUAGAAACAGUAGUAAUACUGGAUAUGCAACAGGUCAUGAAAAUUUGGAUCGAUUCACCGAUCUUGUCAACCGUGAAGCGUAUUGGGCUCCCACUGAAAUUUGCAAUGAAACUAACUUGAAUCGACGUGUUGAUUUGUUGAAACGUUUUAUCAAGCUUGCCAAAUUAUGCCGUGAACUGCGUAAUUUUAACACAAUGUUCUGUCUACUAGUUGGAUUACAUCAAACACCUGUCGAACGAUUAAAACAAACUUGGGAUCGCUUACCAAAUAAAUACCAAAAAAUCUAUCGAGAUUUAAGUAUGGUAUUGGAUACAUCUAGAAAUUUUCAUCAUUAUCGUACUCUCCUAUCAGCUAAUAAUGUAUCGGCUCCAAUGUUACCCUAUCUACCAUUGGUAUUGAAAGAUUUAACAUUUAUCCAUUUGGGUAAUCCUUCUUGUACUCCAGAUGGAUUGAUAAAUUUUGUCAAAUUACGAAUGCUUGCUAAAGAGGUUCGUGCCAUUUGUCGGAUGUGUAAUGUUGAUUAUGAUUUAUGCACUACUCCAUAUCGCGGUCGUACUGGUGGUGCUGUCGGACGUGUACGUGCUGGUGCCAAUUUAAGCGCGCUUAAAGCAGUCGCUUCUGUUUCAUCUAUCAAUCCAAAAUCGUACUUUUCAAAUCUUACAUCGAUGAAUAACUCCAAUCAAACAAAUUAUAAUAAUAAUAAUAAUAAUAAUAAUAAUAAUAAUAAUAAUAAUAAUAAUAAUAGUGCUAGUGCAGAUUCUAAUUGGUCAGAACACGAUAUGGUUGAAGUGAAAUUCAGUCAUUCAAAUUCUCUUGACGAUAGUGAACAACAACAACAACAUGAAAGCACACUUAACUUUGAUGCGAAUCCUAUGAAUCCGACUAAUGUUUCGAGUGGUUUUAACGUUGGACACAAGCGUCUACAUCAACAUGGGAAUCCUACAACUCCUUCCAGUGGAAGUUUCAAUGUGGAAUUGUCUACAGCUAACUCGUUCAUUGUCCCCGGUGGUGGUAUUCGACGGCGAUCAAAUCUUGGUCUAAUUUCUUCAUCAAUUAAUCCAAAAAAGAUUUAUGAAAGUUGGCUGAUGACUUUACGGAUUCGUACGUAUUUCGCUAAUUUAAGAGUUGUCCAAGAUCCGGAAUUAUUGUCUCAAUUAUCCUCACGCAUUGAACCUAGUGGUAAAGAUUCAAGAACUGUCCAACCCGCUGUUGUAUCUUCAGUAGGCAAUGCUGGUACCACUACUACCAACAAUAAUAACAGUUCUGCUAAUGAAGGAAAUGAUCCACAGCAGUUAUAUACAUCCAAUCUCCCAUCCUCCAACAAUAAUACAAAAUUAAAAGGCAUAAAGCUGUCUCUCACAAAAACUUCUGCAGAGUCUGUUAUAGUCGAGUCGAAUACAAACAAAAAGUCUCCACUUAAAGUUAUCAGCGUAUCGACAGAAUCUCCAUAUGUACCAUCAGCAACAGUAGCAGCAUCAAUCACAUCUCAUCCAACGUCUACGGAUCCAAAAGAUAUGUUUACCCGACCAUUACUAGGCGCACAAUCUGUUGAAGAUGCUCGCAAACUAUUAGCCCUAAGUGUAGGUGGUAAACGUUCUUCCCAGAGACGUUUACCAGUGUUCACUUUCCCGAAUCACUUUCAUUACAACAAUACUCAUAAUGUUGCUCAGUCUUUGUUCAUUACAUCACCAGUUCGACCAUAUACUGGUAUUGGAUUUGGACACCUGAAAUCGCAACAUUAUAACAAUUCUAAUGUAUCAUCGUCUAUAGGAUCAUCUUAUCAAGUAAAUAAUAAUACUAUCAUACAAAUGUCAAAUAACAGCACACCGAAAUUAUCAUCCACCUCUAAUGCUACCAUUUCCACAUGUUCUAAUCAUUUACACCAUCAUCAUCAUUAUAGUAGUACUCAGCUUAUAUGCCCACAACCGACUCGAUGUUAUUCCACUCCUACCGGUACAACAGGCAGUAAAAGUCUCCUGUUGGAUAAUCUUAUCCCAAUACCAUCUCGUAUAGCUACUAAUAUGAACGAUAGUGGGAAUAGUAAUUCUACAUCGAAUCAAAUGUAUGCUAUGCUACCAAAUCAAAGAGAUCCUUGUCAUUUGCAUCAGCACCAGCAUUCUUUAACUCAUCACCAACAGGCAUCAGCAUCUCCACCUCAUAAUCGAGGCCAAGCAACUAUGAAACAUCAAUAUUUUAGUCAGGCAACACAUCAGAAUACAAAUUAUCAAUACCAACAGCAACAGCCAAACCCUCAGUCUCUAUCGAAUUCCAUUGGAUCUCGUCUAACACUGAAUUCUAAUACUGCUACAGUGCUAUAUCCAUCUUGUCCCGGUAUUUCAUUACAGCAACAGAUGAUUUGCCCACAUCGGUCUACUAAUUUAUCUGGUGGAGGUGCCUAUCCCUCAAAUCAGCAACAACAACAGGCAACAGUACAAUCAGGUCGCUUUAGAGAACAAUCAUCGUUGCAACAGCAUCAGCAUUCAGUUUCAUUCAAUUUCGAUGAGAACUAUUUAUAUCCUACUGCAAAUACACUUCCACUUGGUGGUUCAAUGCUGCCUAUACCUCGUAAUUAUCGACAGUCUAUAAUACAAAGAAUAAUUCCACAAUACUUAAAUUGCAAGCCGACUCGGCCACCACCAUAUGAAAUAGCUUUGGCUUUAAAAUAUCCUCAAAAUGCCAAUUCACAACGGGUAUAUCAAUCACUGGAAAAUGACACGAUUAAUACACGACAUGAAAAUAAUAACAAUAGUAUUAAUAAUAAUUAUUAUUACCACAUAGCAAAUAAUUUAUCAUCUGGCAUUAAACAUGGAACAGUUGGUCAUGUUCCAUUGGCACAAACUCACACACAAAUUCAAAAUUCAAAGUCAGAUAAACAAUUGUUUACUGUUAAGCAGUUACCGGAUAAAAAUUCACAAAAUCCUAUAAAUUACGUCUCAUCUACAACAACAUCGACAACAGCAACUUCAACGAUUGUGUCUUCACGUUCAGAAUUCAGUAACAACAGUAAUAAUAGUAAUAAUAAUCUGCAAUAUAGACCAUCUGAACGGAAUAAAUCCUCUACAGUGUGUCAGUCAUUCCAGCAACGUAUACAAGAACGACCUUCUCCGCCAUCUUAUCAGCAGGUUUUAUCCAUGUCACGACAAGGAAAUAAUCAAGGGUCAUUGAAAAUUAUCUCUGCUCAAUCUCAUCCACGUACAAAUAUUUAUUCAUCACAUGGACGCCCACAACCUCCACAACGAACAAUGGCUACAUUAUCUUCUAAUUGUAAUCAUAACAACUAUCGAGCCUCUUCAUGUAGUCCUGGUAUGACUAUAGUUCGUCCAGUCGUAAAUGAUCUCAAUACUGUUGAACCACAUCGCAAACAUAUUGGCAGAUCGACCCAGAAGGCAACCUUUCAUUAGUUGUUGGUUGUAAACAAUAUAUAUAUAUAUAUAUAUAUAUAUAUAUAUAUAUAUAUAUAUAUUCAGGCAAAUAAGAAAGUGACCCAUCCUUAUUUCAUCAUGACACUUUAUUUUAUCGUCAUUCAGUUCACGUUCUUUUUCGUCCUGUUGUUUGUCUCUUGUUUGUUUGAUAGUGCUCUCUGUUUUAUAUUUUUCUGUUUCUCUUUCAAACACAUAUUUAUUAAUGUACACAAGUUUACUCGUUUUGUUUUUUAAUGUUAAUUCAUGUCUUAUACACAUCAUUAUUUUCAAUCUUUACUUUGUAGUGUAGCUUUAGUUCUACCAGUAUAAUUACCCAUGUAUUAAUGGUUUCAUUACACGCACUUGACAGUCCUUUUUAUUGUUUUUAUUCGACGAAAUUCCUGUUUGAUUGUUUGGAAAAUUGGUUUGUAAUUAUUUAUUAUUGUUGUUAUCUUGUUUGUUGUUGUUAUUGUUAAGUUUCUCGAUAACAGUCAAGAAAUCAUCAAUUUUCGUUGGAUAAGCCAUAUCUACCUGCCGGUCUCUCUCCCUCAAUUUUUGCUGUUGAUCCGUUUUUUUUCAUCAGGGAGUUCAAAAAAAGAAAACACCAACAGAGAACUGAUAGUGUUCGUUAUAUAGUUUUAUCCAAUCUUGUUAUUUUUCGUUUCACCUAUGUGAUCUGGCCCAUUAAUUUGCUAUGAUAUUGAAAACUCUGUAGAAGACCGACUGAUAAAUAUCCACUCAUUAUUACUGUAGUGAUUAUUAUUAUUAUUUUCAUCGUUGCUGUAUAUCCAUAUCCCAAAGAUAUUAGCUUCUGUAACCAUUACAAUUGUCUUCAGUCUACUUCAUUUAGUCACCUGUUUUCUCAUUUAGUUCUGCAUAUCUUCUUUAAAAAAUUUAGAAAAAUCAGUGUUAGUUCAUUUCUUCACAAUGAUUUCAGAUCAACUCUUCGAUCUGUGUAAAAAACACCCUAACUGUAAAUUAUGGAAGCACAUUAUGUAUAUACGUACAAUUCACUUGUUACUGUUUGUAUUCGUUACUAGUAUUGUUUUUGUUUUUCAGAACUUUCUUCAUCGUAAUUGUGCCCAGUUUACCAGUUAUGUAUUUCCUUUAUAUAUAUAUAUCGGAUUUGUAUACUUCUAUAAAUUACUUAGUGUUUGGUUGAUUUUUGUUUAUAAAUAAACACUUGAAUAUACUUAGUUAUUCAUUUUAUCUCUCCAUGAAAAAAAUUUCAAUUAAGAUCAUGAACCGAUCGUCUUUAAAUGACCAACAAAAGCCUAGAAGCAUUGGAUGACCGUUUUGUCUUAGUAUGGGACCCCUCAGCAAUAUGCAUCCACGAUCCCGCAUGCGAAAAUCGAACUUAGGACCUUCGGUCUCACCCACGAACGCCUAAUCUCCAGACAACUGAGCGGGAAUACAACGGUGUUAAUGUUCAUGAUCUCAAUUAAAAGUCAACAAUCUCCCCAACCAUAUAUUGGAAAAUGCAAUUAUUUUGGGCUUUUACUAGCCCAGCUUUUUCGAGUGUCUAGAUAUCAGUAACUUCAGUAUUUUUGUCUUGAAUCAGAUUACUCAUGAGUAGUCAACGUGAAAUUACAAAACAUUUGUGUGCCGGAAGUUUUUCUGCGUUGAACACUGCAUCCUACCACGCUUAGAAAUUAUUAACGAAGAUGAUAUGAGAUUCAACGCCAUACCAGUGUAAUGAAGUGUCUUAUUGAAUCUGAUAAGUUAUCGGGCAUCACGAAGUAUUUUUUCACUAUAUUCCGAAACCAAUUCUAUUUAUUCGUGAAUUUUCUCACGAUAGAAUCCUGGACAUAUUUCAUUGAUUGGUAUUUCCUACGAUUGUACGUAUUUUCAAUGGGACAAACGUAUGAUUAUUAAAAUUAUCUAACCUUCUUCAAAAGUAUUAAUACCACAAAACUGAAGCAUAUGUUACGUAUUAUCACUAACAUUUAAAGUGUCGUCUUCAAAUUGUUCAUUUUGCUAAUGUAUAGUUGUCAGUUCCACACAAUUCAUUCGAAGUUGAGUAGUUAAAGGAUUAUAUUGGCUUACAUAAAGUUUUAUAUUC